GUUUAUCCAUACGCAUGGGUAUUUCAAUAUAUAUACCAAUUUUUUACGCGAACGAGCCCUCAGUGUCUCUCAUAGGGAUGCUGGUGUUAACUAUGGGAAAACAGCAGGGCCUGACUCAUACUUAUUGGAAGAAAAUGCUCUUGAUUUUAACCUUUUGGAGAUGCAGUCUUUGAGUAGUCUGAAGUGCUAUGAUUUCUGUUUCAGAGAAGUACUUCCUGAUAGAGUGGUGAGGAGUUUCGAUGAUCUUGGAUACGUCCUUCACUCUGUGCAGAAACUAGAGACUAUUGUACUUGUAAGCUUGUAUAGGGCAUCAGAGGCAGUGACAAGGAACUUACUCUGCCAGUUUGAGAGGCUAAAUAUUUGGAACUUCAUUUUUAUGGGCCCAAAAUCUGAUUUUUUAUUUGAUCUUGCGAGAAGGGGGCAUCCUAUGAUUGACGUGGAUCAAUUUUCAGACAGUAUUAAAGCUUACAAUUCAAUAAGAGUUCAAGAAUUCAGUGCAGAACUGAUCAAGGAGAUUUUUGUGAAGGCCUAUGUGGUUAAGAAAUGCUUGGAGCUCGGGUAUAGUACGUGGGUCCUGGAUGGAAACUUUCUUCCAGUUACCAGUGAUUCAUUAGUCGAUUUCUUUGGCCCCAAGUACAAUUUCUACGUUGGGACAAACUCUACCUUUCUUUUUGUCAGGAGCUCAUCUUCUGCUUUGAAAACUUGGGUUGACGAUUUUACAUACAAGGUUGCUUUGAUGGCAAGUUCUUUGAUAACUAAAGAAUCAGUUUCCAUGGAGGGCAGUAAUUUUGCAUAUGUAGUAUCAAAGACACUAGAACGGUUUAGUGUGAAAUUCACCUGGGUUGAUGGGAUGAGCUUUGGCGCAAACAUCAAUGCCCUUGAUGUUAAUCAAACCUCUUUGGGGAAUGGAAAGAAGAUUGCCUUCUGGUCUUCUGAGAUACGAUUGAAUUCAAUACAAAAACGGCUUGAUGAGUUAGGUAUUUGGGCUUUGGAUGCUGACUCUUCAUGUAUUGCAGUCAUUUGUCACCCUUCAUAGCAUUUGAUUGUGAAUUUUUAUCCUCUCUGAUCAAUGGUUUAUUGUUUAACAUUAUAAUGGUUUUGAUCCUGAACAUCACCCCAAUAUCAGAUUUCCUGGGGUUUCAGCUGUUCUGUGAUUGAUGGUUGACCCUUGAAGAUUCAACUUUUCAUGGCAACCAAAAGGGGUGAAAAUGUCCUGCUUUCCUUGUCUUAAUGGUAGAGGAAGCUAGUAUAAAGAGUGGGAAGGCAAGGGUGCAAAAGGAAUUUGAGGACAUGGCUACAACUGCAACACUCCAGAGGUGCCAACUGCAUCCCAGCUUGUCCAAGCUUCGGUUUUUGGACUCAGUAAUGGGAAGCAUUAAGCCUUUCCCCAGCAGAUCUUUACAUUCUGGGCCAUCUGAUCAUGCAGUAAAUUCUCUCGCCUCAUUAGUUGCCUGUUGCACUACAAAUCACAAUGGCCUCAAAAUCUGAAUAUGUGUAGCUUUUUGUAUGAGUUAGAAUAUAAGCUUUUUAUAUUUCAAUUUAACUAAAAAUGGGAGUACUGUUUUUCCCCUCAUCAUUUGCUAACAUUCAGACAAUCCCAUCCAAUCUAUACACAUCCAGCCGACUGUAAUCAUAUCCAACUGCAAUCCCUUUCAUCCUUUGUUAGUAUGUAUUCUGGGGAUAUUGUGGUUGCUGUAUGUUUUUUAUGCGGGGAAACAAACAUGGUUCAAUGUCCCAGGCAAGGGUGGAGAAUCAACUAGUACAUAAUGAGAACUUUUGAUCAGAGUGUUUCCUUAAGUGACAUUCAAACAGUAAAAUUCUGACCAAUUGGAA